AACUGCUCCCGGCUAGCAGGAAGUAGUAAUGUGACAGGCGUACGCUUGCUUUUUUCAUUGUGAAAGCUGCACAAAAAAAAAAUCAAGAGUCUUAAUCAGAAUAUUUAUAGUCGAAUUUAAGGCACUGGGGAUUAUAUAGAUAGGUGGAGACCUGGGAAAGCUGGCGCCGCCAUGCCAGAGCACAGCGAUGCACACCUGACGCCCGAGGAGCGCGUGCGCGCCCUCACGAAGAUGGGGAGCUCCGUGGACGUGAACGAGGACGUGCCCCCGCGCCGCUACUUCCGGUCGGGCAUGGAGAUGAUCCGCAUGGCCUGCGUGUACGCGGAGGAGGGCAACGCGGAGCGCGCUUUCAUCCUCUACAACAAGUACAUCACGCUGUUCAUUGAGAAGCUUCCCAGACAUCGCGAUUACAAGACAGCCAACAUUCCAGAAAAGAAGGAAACUAUGAAGAAAUUGAAAGAGAUUGCUUUUCCUCAAGCUGAAGAGCUGAAGAAAGAACUCCUGAAGAAGUAUGAGAAGGAAUAUGAGGAAUAUCUGGAGAGAAAAAAAGCUGAGGAAGCAACCCUGGCUCGCGAGCUGGCCAAGCAGAAAGAGCUGGAGGCAGAGAGACAGCGCGUUGCGGAGCAGCGACGCAGGCAGCAGGAGCAGGAGCAGUUUAGCGCCUUUGAGCAGAUGAUCCGCCGCCAGGAGCUGGAGAAGGAAAGGCAGCGGAUCCUUCAGGAGUACAGCAGCCCCAGCGCCCCUCCUCCUGACGCUCCCCUUGUCCCAGGCGUCCAAGAACCCCCCCAGCCUGUCGUCAUGACUACCCCUACCCCCCCGCAGAGUCCGAAGGGGACCUGCGCUCAUGUCUCUCCAUCUGCACCAGCCUCAGCUCCCACCUUUGACCGCUCGCUCAAACCUGGGGCACUGGUUGCCCCAGGAAAUAGUGUGGCGGUGGACAGACUCCGUCAGGUGGCAGUACCAGCAGAGCUGUGCCACAAGUUCCUGAAGCUUGCAGAGGCCAACACAGCACGAGCUGUGGAGACCUGUGGUAUCCUCUGUGGCAAACUGAUGCGCAAUGCAUUCACGGUGACCCAUGUCAUUGUGCCCAAGCAGUGUGGAGGACCAGAUUACUGUGACACAGAGAAUGAGGAAGAGCUCUUUCUGGUCCAGGAUCAAUAUGACCUUAUUACACUAGGCUGGAUCCAUACACACCCCACACAAACAGCCUUCUUGUCCAGUGUGGAUCUGCACACUCACUGCUCCUACCAGAUAAUGUUGCCAGAAUCCAUAGCCAUUGUCUGCUCACCCAAGUUCAAUGAGACAGGGUACUUCAGACUGACAGACUACGGAAUGGAUGAGAUCUCGUCCUGCAAACAGAAAGGCUUUCACCCCCAUCCAAAGGAACCCCCCCUCUUCACUGCAUGUGGUCACAUAACCAUCGCUGAUGGGAGUGUGACAGUAAUGGAUCUGCGGUGAUGAUGCAGACUUGCAUUUUGUCUUCACUUUUCUGCGGCGUUUGGGGUUGGCGUGUACAGCACCUUUUUUUUUCAAAGAAGCAAACCAUCAAAGACGAACUGAAGUAUUUCAGCCAUACAAUUCAGUCACUCCUUCUCCUGACACGUGUGGCAAGAACUGGAACAGAUGUACCAUGUGCUCAUAAUAUCAAUAUGAAGUACAAUUACAAGUCUUCUACACUAAGCCUUUUUCUUGGAUGUCUUUAAGUGCUGCAGAAAUAUAUCCUCAAAAUUAAGUUCAGAUGUCACAAAUGGAGAUUUUGAAGGCUGGGUGGUUUGUACUUGUAUAAACACUAAAACUGUAUGUAGAAUUUA